AUGUCUGAAACUGAAGAAUGGUCAUCAGGUGUUUUUCACCGUGAUUACCAAAUAAGUGCAUUGUCUUCUUUUAUCCAGAAUGAUCCAGAUUUGACACCACCAAAUUUAAUAAUACAAGGUGCUAGUAGCACUGGGAAGACUUUUGUUUUGGAGAAGUUCUUUAAUCGUUUUGAAUAUAUUAACGGUUGGUUAAGACCCAUUGAAUUGGUUUCAUGGAAGCCACUUUUACAGGCGGUUGCCAGAACAAUACAACAGAAAUUGCGAAUUUUGCUUCCUAAAGCUGAUAUUGAGGAGUUCGACUACCUAGAGGUUGAGGGUCCGCAUCAAUUACAAAAAUUUUUAGAAAAAAUAUUUAUGGAAUAUUCUAAACAUACUGAUAAAGUGAAUAACAUAUUUCUGAUUAUCGAUGGUUUGGAUAGUCUUCAAGACUUAGACGCAUCUAUUUUCUUGAAGAUGCUUGCUCUACAUGAACUACUUCCUCCACAAUCAAAAUUUUAUCUGAAAAUAAUAUACACUGUAAAAGAAUCAAGUUUUUUGGAGAGAUACGCUACUAAUUUAAUUCCUACAAUAAUAUUUUCAAGGUAUACUUUAAAGCAAGUUUCUGAUAUUCUAGAAAAGAUUAAGAUAAAAGAGUUGGUUAACUCAGAUUGUUAUUUAAAUGUUUUAAAGGGGAACGCAAUUACAAAUAUCUCCGAAUCACAAUCCAAUAAUUUGGCGUUAAAUUUUAUUAGACUAAUUAUUCAAGCAUUUCAACCUUAUACAGGUAAUGACAUAAGCGUUCUGAGCGAAAUGAUGGAUUCCAAGUGGGAAGAGUAUGUGUCAUACAUUACUAAAGAAAAUAUUUUUUCGCCUAUUAAUCUAUACAGAAGCAGCAUUAAAAUAUUUCUACACACAAACGAAUCCUUGACAGAUGAGUUAGAGGAAGAAAAAAAAGAUGAAUUCACAAGUACUAUCGCUACUAGUUAUGAAUUAUCAACCAUUUCAAAAUAUCUAUUAAUUUCAGCAUAUUUUGGGUCUUAUUUACAUUUUAGAUAUGAUGGAAGUAAUUUCUCUAGGAAGUCACAUUUGAGAACCGGUAGAAAUGCAUAUGGUAGAAGGAAAAAAAUGGAUGUAAACCCACGUUAUUUGAAUCCAAGUUUAUUUACUUUAGAACGUUUGCUUGCAAUAUUUCAAUCUAUUUACCCAACUGAAAACAAUUCAAUAGAAAAUGGUACAUUAGAGACUCUACGCUGGCGAAGACCAACUAGUGCAAACAUAGAAGUGUUUCAGAAUUUAGCAGAAUUGCACACUUUGAAACUGAUUUCAACUACUUCAAAUAAAAAUAUUGACUUUCUGGCACACAAAUUGAAAUGGAAAGUAAAUGUUACUUGGGAAACUAUCAAAGAUAUUUCUGACUCAGUGGGUUUUGAGAUUGGUGAAUAUUUUAGUAAUAUCCAUGAUUGA